AUGGAUACUAGCGCCAGCAACGAUAGCAAUAUCUAUCGCUAUUCACAUCAUGCUCCUUCUCCGUCAUACGUGUCAAUAGGAACAGAUAUCACGUCUUCAGCUGAUUCUUUUUAUUCUGCUGAAGAGGGCUCUAACCAUAGCAAUGAGAACGAAGUUUUCACUAACUCUCCGCCACAAAACAUCGAACCACAGUCUCGGUUUCAAGCACACUCAAAUCAACUUCCUUUAUCCAGAGCUUCUGUUGCAAGUACUGCCAGUUAUGCCUUCUCUUUUUCAGCCUAUGAAAGUGCUGCAGAAGAUGAUUUAGAACCAGAUUUCAGCCGUCACAGUCGUGCAUUAUCAAUCAGUACAGUUACUGACCAUGAAAUUCCGGCUAUAGCAGCAACUUCAAAAAAAGACUCUUUUUCUACUAAUGAUAACUCUCCCAAUCCAGUUAAAUUAAGUCAAAACUCUGAACCCCGGUUCUCUACCAGUACACAAGACGAUCGCAGACAAACUCUUCUUCCAAGUCAUCUUUUACAGAAUACGCAACAAGUUGAAUCAGAGGUAUCGGAUCGCCCGACUCAGAAAAGUAAUGGAACAACAGUUACUCAGUUUAGUUCAUCUAGUGCUGAUAUAGAUUCAUGUUCUCUCAGCAGCCAAAGCACUACCGAUGGUAGUAUCUUACCUAAUACUAUUGAAUCCAAUAAUUCUUUUGAUUUUUCUUUAAAAUCUCUACCGGAUUUUCAUUUGCAUAAAAGUUCGUCUGAUUUAAAACUUGCAGCUGGAAAUUCAACUAACUCAGCUUUUUCAGAAAUUAUUAGCCAACCAAAUAGUGUUGAUCCUUCUAUUGCUAAUGUGCCGUCACCGAAAUCAACUAAACCCGAGGAAUCGCUGUUGCAUACACCUCAAUCGGUACGAAAGGUAAAAUCAUCUUCACCAACACUCCACCAUACUGAUUUUUACGAUGCGAAAAAACUUGGGUCACAUUUUACUCCAAAACAUUCAAAAAUAGCAUCAAGCAACAGCCAGGAUUUUGUAUUUAAUGACAAUUUUGAUAAUACACGUUCACCUUGGCAAAUUCACCAAAAGUCUCUCUCAGAUGAAAAAACGGCUUUCACGUCAAUACCAUUGAGCGCCUCAAGUAAAUCAGUAGCUAAAUCAUUAUCUUCUGGAUAUUUGAAUCAGACGCUGGUUGCCUCGGAUUCUAAUACAAGUAAUGCCUUGAAUUCAACCCUCAGUAACUCAACUAGUUUUUCUUCUACAAAUGCAAAUUUAACAUCAAUUUCAGGUUCACCUUCAGAAUUUGAUUUUGAUUUUGAUUUUAAUGAUAGUAACUUAUCUGGUCACUCUCCUUAUUCAAUUCGAUCUCGCCGAUACGUCCAAGAUUCCCCACAUUUAAAAAUGCAGGAUCAAAAUUCUGUUCUAGUUAAUAACUUUGAGGAAGCCUCUCCAGACCAUGAAAAGACUGAAAGAUUAAACUCGGACUUGCCUCAUAAUCCCAACUUUAAAUUUAACGAGGAGAUCAUCAACAAUAAGACUCAUGCUCCAAAUUUACCACCAAGUGUGUCUUGCCCCCCAAUACCAAAAGAAUCUUUAAAGGGUGAGAGUGAAUCUUUUAGGCCCGUUCGAAGUUCCUUGUUGUCAGAAACUUCAUGUUAUAGCGAUACAAUACCCCAGGCAAUUGUUCAUCCUGCUCGCAAAAAUAUGCACCAUGUCUAUAGAUCUCGCUCCUCUUUUUCAGAUACUGUUUCACCCAAAAGCGAUUCCUUGUAUGAAAAUGAUCCUUCUAGUCCUGGUAGUAACAUUGAAAAUGAUAUUUACAAUAAAGAUGGCAUGAAUUUUUCUCCAGAUGCUACACAAUCUGAGACUACACCCGGUUCUGGUAAUCUGAAAAGCUCUGUUGUCCAAGUCCCUGUUUAUUCUUCCCCAAACAUAGACUCUUUUUCUAAGUUUCCCUACCGAAACUCUCAAAUGCCUGGAAAACUUUCUGCUACUUCCUCACCCGACACAGCAGAAAAAGCUAAAUUUCUUUACCAACCGAUUUCAGCUUUUGUAACAACUUCGGACCCAAAUAGCACAGAGCUUGAAGAAAACUCUUUCCCUUUACAGAUAAUAAACAACAAUACUACCACAUACAACUCAAACACUGCAAAAAAAAUAAACAAUAAUUUUUUUUUAGAUGACGCCGCGAUUUUUUCUUCUUCCACCCCCCAAGCCUUUUUUGCUGCAACUGCUCUACAAAACCCAUUUACAUACCCAAGCAAUAACUUGUUGUUCAACACCAAGCUGGAUACCAAUACACCAGCAAACAAUCUUAGCAAUUCUCCUCCUUCUCCAACAAAACCUGGAAGCGGGAACGCUAAUUCUUCUAGUAGCUUAAAGUUCGUGCGUUUCAAUGAUAGUUCAUUAGUCUCUCUCAUGGAACGGAAAGAUGUUGACGAUUUUUACCAAGACCAGUCUAGGUCUAAGUCUUUGCCUAAUAUUAAUAGACACGUUAUUAGAAAGCACUCUAAUGAUAAAUUAGGUGUGAAUUCACUACGCAACUCGCCUCGUAAUAUUGAGUUUCCUAGUUCACCACCUAUGGCACGCAAUAGCUCUCCGAAUAAGUCAGUAAGCCCGACCUUUGCUCUCAAUACCAUCAGCAAUGUUGACAUCAAUAAUAACACAGAUACAUACAAUACCAUUUUUAACAAAAAUAACGGAAGCGGAAAUAAUUUUGAAACUCCAACUAGAGAAUCACGAGCAAGUUCUAAAAAUUCUCGUUACUCCCAGCACUCUGCCAUUUCACGGCAUUCCCGUACUUCGCGAAACUCACGAAGCUCGCGAAAUUCUCAACGAUUCAGCAAGUCAAGCCAACAUUCUCAAUCAUCAACUUCCAGUUUAUCCAGUUAUUUGUUGAACACACAAAAUUUAAUGCAAUCAAUGCUACGGUCUCAUCCAUCAAAUUCUUCACUUCGUCAAUCUUUAGUGUCCACGGCAGAUGAUAUUCAUGAAGAUUUUGAAAAUUACGAAAAUACCGUUAUGGGGAGCGUCAAUGUUACAGAGCCAGAGGAGAUGAUUGUGACAACUAAAGUAUCACCUGUCCCUGUUUUUGCAGUUCAGGAUGCAGCUAGUAGCGCCAUUCUCCCUAAUUUGCCUCCUACCAUUGCACCCCCAGAUGCGCCUAUUCCACGACCUCAGCCUGCCAUGCUUCGAAAGAAUUCUAGAGACUUUGAUUUGAGUCGACAUACAUUUUCUGGAAUUAAUCUUUCUAAUGAAGACGAUGCUAAUCUUGCUGCGACGGCGCGAGCUGCUAAUGUCAUAACAGAAAAGCGCUCGGAAAAAUUUGGCGAAAAAAAUGAAGUCAUUGAUGAAUAUGGAAAUGUUUUAUGUCCACCCAUGCUAGAAUGGUUUCUUUUGUUUGCUUUUGCACUGUUUCCAUUAUUUUGGCUGCUUUUAGCAUGUGGAGUUUUUGACAAAGCUAUUGGCAAAGUCUCUAAACGGACAAAAAUUAUUGCUUUGGUUUUAGCUAUUAUACUAUUUGUAGCUGCCAUUGCGGGCUUGAUUGUGGGUUUGGCUGUAGGCCUAACAUAA